CUCUAGCGAAUUAUUAAAUAAGUCAGAAUGUAUUAUAUUUGCGCUGAUUGAGACCUUGAGCAAUGAAUACUAGCUAUGUUACCAAAGCAAUGGAUUCUGUGGUAUUAAGGAGUUGGAUCGUGGGGCAGCCAUAGUUGCGUUCUAUGUGGAGCAUAGGAUUGGGCAUAAACAAAGGCAGUGUUUUGAUAAGUAAUAUUGCAGAGGCAGUAUGAUUGGCCUUUUCCUCCGAUGACAUCCUCUUGGCAAAGUUAUUUCCUCCCAUUUCAGAACUGAAUACAACACCUGCAUUAACGCUAUUCGCAGUUUGCUACGGGGCCAGUUCGGGUGGAUGCUAGUGAACGCGAUGAAAUGAAACGGAGCGGAAUAUAAUUCAUAUCAAGAUAUAUCGAGUAAUUGACAGCGGAGCAUGUCAGAAGGCAACAUGUUUUUAUAACUUUUCGGGAAAUAAAUGAGCUUUGUUCGCUCGCUAAACAAACCUCGUUUUUAAUAAUUGAUGGGUUGCUUCGCUGGAUUUCUGCCGAGCUUGCUUUGGUCAAGCUACAGGGGCUUUUCUGCAAUAACGCAUUUGACUCUCUUAUUGCUAGCCUAACUAAUAUUACAGUUACUCGUCGAAACGUCUUGCAAAUAUCCAGCAAACUGGAGAACAUUGUGCGCGUUGGUUGCAACGUUAGUUGCAUUUUAAGGUUAGCACUCUGUCUAACUAUUUAUAUCAACGGCUGCAAGCGCCUUGGACAGCUGCCUAACGCUAGCUGGCGCGGUACUCAGACAGAUACCGUUAUGAUGUUUGCUAGCUAGCUAUGGUUGGUUUGUCCCGUCCUGUAAUAUGCACAUCUGUCUUUAGCAAAGGAUGCUAGGUGGCAGGUCGGUUGUUGGGUCUCUUGUAGAAAGGGUGGUAGCCAGUGAAAAGUUUUGCUAUUUGACUAAUCUAGUAUUAGCUGGACGCAGACGUUAACCAACUCACCACUUAGCUAGCCAUAUUAUUUGUAAUGUAUUGGUUUGCUGCCUGUCGUAAAGGGGUGUUAUAAUUAAAGUAGGCAGCUGCUAGUUGCACAUCAUAUCAGUUUCAAUUUCAAAUGGCAUGUAUUUUAUGUAUUUAAUCCAUUUAGUUAGGUCGAUACGUUUGCGUAGGUCGAUUGCUAGCGAUGAUGCCGAGCUGUCUAGCAAGGCGUGUCGAAUUCAAUUUGCGAUGAGAAAAUCGCCCUUGUUCAAUCGAAUCGACGUAGAUAUUUAUUCUAGUCUAGUUAGCUACCGUUAGCUAGACAUUAACGGCAUUUUCUGGACCGUUAAAAAGCGAGGAUGAAACGUUGCAAAUCGGACGACUUCACCUCGGUUGUGGACACCAGUAGCCCAACCGAGGGUAGGGCUGGAGAUGAAGAAACGCCGAGUGUAUUUAUCGUGGAGGUGAAACAUGGGGACAACCCGGCAGGCAAUCCCGAUUUAAGCAGCACGGCUCCGAGUCCGCAUACUCCGUUACCGAGGAGUAAACCACCAGAUUUAAAGAAGAUCCAGCAGAUGUCGGAAGGCUCCAUGUUUGGCCAUGGGCUGAAGCACCUGUUCCACAGCCGGCGGCGGUCCCGGGAGCGCGAGCAGCAGAGUUCCCAGGACUGCAGUGGAGGGGCGGGCCGGACCGGGGCGUACUCCGACCAUGAGUCCGCGGACGAGAAGGAGCGCUCGCCGGAGAUGCACCGUGUGUCCUACGCCGUCUCCCUGCAUGACCUGCCGGCAAGGCCCACGGCCUUCAAUCGUGUCCUGCAGCAGAUCCGCGCCCGGCCCUCCAUCCGCCGCGGGGCCGGCCUGCACAGCAGCCGCCGGACCAAGAGCAACCCGGCCGCCGAGGGCUCCAAAGGGGGGAGCCCCCACCUGGCGCGCCGCGGGGCCCAGGAGGCCUCCCUCAGCCUGGGCCCCCAGCAUAGCCGCCCCCGCUCAUCCUCCACCACCGACACGGCCCUGCUGGCCAUCGACUCCCCUCUGCAGUGGGGGCCCGAGGACCCUGACCGAUCUGCUGAGAAGCUGGAUAAAGGUGAGAUGAGCACACUGGGCCUCCCUCCGUCUGCCGGACACACCGGUUCGGAUGGAAACAUCAGUGGGGACAUCCCGGACGCUCCAGACCCCCAGCGAACCCGCGCUGCCAUCCAGCACCUGCAGCAGAAGAUCCUGAAGAUCACCGAGCAGAUCCGCGUGGAGCAGGAGGCGCGCGACGAGAACGUGGCGGAGUACCUGAAGCUGGCGCACAACGCCGACAAGCAGCAGGCCUCCCGCAUCAAGCAGGUCUUCGAGAAGAAGAACCAGAAGUCUGCACAGACGAUCUCCCACCUGCACAAGAAGCUGGAGCACUACCACAGGAAGCUCAAAGAAAUUGAGCAGAACGGACCCAGCCGCCAGCCCAAGGACGUGCUGCGGGACAUGCAGCAGGGUCUGAAGGACGUGGGGGCCAACGUGCGGGCCAAUGUGCGUGCGGGGAUCAGUGGCUUUGGGGGGGGGGUGGUGGAGGGGGUGAAGGGGGGCGUGUCGGCGCUCUCGCACACGGCCGUGGUCUCAAAGCCUCGCGAGUUCGCCAGCCUGAUCCGAAACAAGUUUGGCAGCGCCGACAACAUCGCCCAGCUGAAGGACACCCUGGAGGACCCGCAGGCGGAGGAGGCCCCGCGGGCCCUCAGCGGGAGCGCCACGCUGGUCUCCAGCCCCAAAUACGCCAGCGAGGACGAGUGCUCCAGCGGCACGUCCGGCUCCGCCGCAGGCAGCAACUCCGGGGCCGGGGGCCUGGGCCCGGGGCCCCUGGGGGCCCUGCCUCCUCCCAUGGGCAGCCCCAAGUCCAACAUGCUGGACACGCACCACCACCUGCACAGCUCCUGGGACAUGGUGCUGGAGGAGCUACGCGAGGUCAAGGCCGGCCAGUCCAGUCUGGAGGACGACAUCGACGACAUGAAGUCGCAACUGCACAGCGACUAUUCCUACAUGACCCAGUGCCUUCAGGAGGAGAGAUACCGGUACGAACGCCUUGAGGAGCAGCUGAAUGACCUGACAGAGCUGCACCAGAAUGAGAUGAGCAAUCUGAAGCAGGAGCUGGCCAGCAUGGAGGAAAAGGUGGCAUACCAGUCAUAUGAGAGAGCCAGAGACAUCCAGGAGGCGGUGGAGUCGUGCCUGACGCGCAUCACUAAGCUGGAGCUGCAGCAGCAGCAGCAGCAGGUGGUGCAGCUGGAGGGGGUGGAGAACGCCAACGCCCGCGCCCUCCUGGGCAAGUUCAUCAACGUCAUCCUGGCCCUCAUGGCCGUGCUGCUGGUCUUCGUCUCCACACUGGCCAACUUCAUCACCCCUCUGAUGAAGACGAGGGAGCGUGUGGCGGCCACAGUGCUGCUUGCACUCUUCCUCUUCUCUCUGUGGAAACACUGGGACUACCUGGAGGUGUGGCUUCUGCCUAGCUGAGCAGCUGGCCCCCUCCCUUUUACGCCCCUUUCACACCCGCAGACUAAGAAAAACGGACUUGCGCUGGAAUCUGACCUAAAGCACUGAGGCCAGGAUGAGAUGGACUUAUAGACUUAGAGAGACUGGCUAAAGGGCAACAUGCUUAGAGAGACCAGUUAAUGUGGAACACACUAAGAGAGACCGGAUGACAGGGAACACACUUCGAGAGACCGUGAUGGCAGGAUCGGAUGUCCCGUUUUCACUACCUUUCGUACUACCUUAUAGAACUGUGAGGCACAUUCCCAUGUUCGCUUCAUUUCGUUCGAAGACAUGCGGUUUUGUUUGUGACCAUGAUCAGUUGUUUUUUCAACUUUAAAAGCAAAGAUGGGGAACUCAAUUAGAGAGACCAGCUAACAGGGAACACACUUAGAGAGACCGGCUAACGGGGAACACACUCAGAGAGACCGGCUAACGGGGAACACACUCAGAGAGACCGGCUGACGUGGAACACACUUAGAGAGACCGGCUGACGGAGAGACCGGCUGAAGGGGAAAACACUUAGAGAGACCGGCUAACAGGGAACACACUCAGAGAGACCGGCUGAAGGGGAACACACUUAGAGAGACUGGCUGAUGGGGAACACACUUAGAGAGACCGGCUGACGGAGAGACCGGCUGAAGGGGAACACACUUAGAGAGACCGGCUGACGGGGAACACACUUAGAGAGACCGGCUGACGGGGAACACGCUUUGAGAGACCGACUGACGGGGAACACACUUAGAGAGACCGGCUGACGGGGAACACACUUAGAGAGACUGGCUGAGGGAGAGACCGGCUGACGGGGAACACACUUAGAGAGACCGGCUGACGGGGAACACACUUAGAGAGACCGGCUGACUGGGAACACGCUUAGAGAGACCGGCUGACGGGGAACACACUUAGAGAGACCGGCUGAUGGGGAACACACUUAGAGAGACUGGCUGACGGGAAACACGCUUAGAGAGACUGGCUGAUGGGAAACACGCUUAGAGAGACCGGCUGACGGGGAACACACUUAGAGAGACCAGCUGACGUGGAACACACUUAGAGAGACCGUGAUGGCAGGAUCGAAUGUUCGGUUUUCACUACCUUUCGUACUACCUUAUAGAACCAUGAAGCACAUUACCAUGUUCUCUUCAUUUUGUUCAAAGAUGUGCGGUUUUGUUUGUGGCCACGAUUUAAAAGCAAAGAGAUCAGGUUUUGUAUGAUGGAAAUUAAUCUCUCCCUCAUGCUGCUACAUUGCAGUUUGUGUGCAUGGAGCGAUGCUGAAGAUGAUGAUGAUGAUGAUAAUUAUGAUGAGGAUGUUAACGAUGAUGAUGCGGAUGAUGAAGAUGAUCUGAUGUAAUGGCUGAGAGAGCAGGGGACUGGUGAGGUCUGCUUGCUACUGCUAUGCUACUGUGUGUCAUCAAGGAUUUAAAAAGAAAGACACUUGCACUUGUUACUUGCACUAACUGUGACAGAGCUAUAAGGUGAACUUUAUUGUAUUUAUAAUUUUUUUAUUUAUUUACAUCAAUGCACAGACAAUAAUUUAAAUGGCUAUACCACUGGAAUUCACCAGAAAGAUGUGGUUGUCCAAUUUCGUUUUUUGAAAUUUGGAGAAUGCGCUUUAACAAAGUGCCGUUUUGUGCAGUUUGUCGGGUAAAACACCCUUUUAAAAACACUAUUUCUAAGGGCUUUCUUUCCUGUCUUUAUUUCAAUGUCUUUGGCAUUAAUGAUACGCAUAGUAGGUGAUCAAUGACACGCAUAGCAGGUGAUUAAUGAUACGCAUUGUAGAUGAUCAUGAGGUAGACUGCUCAUUGAUGACAUAAUAUUCAGAAAUAUUCAGUCUAGCGUAAUGUGUGCGUCUAUUAAUUACCAAGCAACCAUUGACUUAUAUUAAUCAGGAUUAUUAUUAUUAUGUAAUAAUAACAAAAUAAUUAUAAUAAUACUUUUUAAUAAAAUUGAUUAUUUGUAAUUUCAUUAAACAGUGAAAUCAAAAUGAGCUUUUUCAUCAAUUUAGUCAAUUUGCAAUAACUACACAAACCUGUCUUAAAAGUACAUAUUCCCCCCCAUAAAAAAAUAUUUAUAUAUUUUAACUCCAAAGCUUUUCUCCCUCUCCUUUGUGGAUAUUAAUUUAGAUUUCAGUGGGCGUGUAUGUCGAUCAAAUGCCUGCCAAUUUUCCAUUCCCCCUCCCAUCUAUGUGCUUUCUACCCCCUGCCCUUCAGAAAUUCCCCCGGAAAGAAUAGCUUCACUCGCAUAUAUGCCAUCUCGCGGAAGUCAUUAUUAUUAUAAAUAUAUAAUUAUAUUAUUAUAAUAAUAUGUGUUUUUCACUGUUGUAAAGCACUUUGUGCUGUAUGCUUGAAAAGUGCUACACAAAUCAAGUUAUAAAUCACAUCAUGCUGCUCUGGUACUGCUGUUAAUAUGAAGGAAAUAAAUGUACAUAAUUCA